CAUCUAUAAGCCAUGUUUGCCAGAACUUCCAGCAAGAAGAUGGCAGCCAUCGUGGCGGCCCUGGUGGUGUACCAGACAUCCUCCAGUAGUGUGCUCAACGAAUCCAAGCGGAAUUUCUAUGAAGACGAACCAUCCCUCAACUCUGCUCCAGUGUCGGACCCGGCGUCUCCAUUACCUUCACAGAAAAUAGUGAACGGAGUGUUGGUCGAAUCGCCCAGCUUUCUCGAGGCAGGCAUAAAGACGGUACGGGAGAGCGUGUACAACGUGUAUGCGGGUGCCACCGGUCUUGUGGAUGAUGGAUAUUCCAAGUAUCACCAAGCUGAGCAAAAAGUCACGUCGACCGUGAGCCAAUUGCACGAUAAAUCGGAGGAUUUGUUGCCCAACUCUGCAUAUAUAGCGAUUGCAUUUCUCCUGGGAACCAUUCUUGCUCGCCAAAGAUCGGUAUUUGCAAAGGUGGUGUACCCGGUGAUUUUGGGAGUGGGCUCUUUUAGGUACUUUUUGCCUCAAACGUUUGGCAGCACCACCGGGUUGUUGUGGCAGUGGGAGCAGCAGAAGCUCCCCGAGGUUGCGAAGCAGCAGGAGUCGUUGGUGAAGAAAUCGGAGCAGAUUGUGACUCAGCUCGAGAAAACCACUGAAUCGAGUCAGGCCAAGGUCACAUCGAUGGUGGAUUCGUUGAGACUAACCAUCAAGAAGUACACGGGGUUGAACUUGGACGACGAUGCCACCAAGAAAUAGGCCACUUUUAUAUUAACGAAUAGAUAAGCAAGU